AUGCCCCACAGCAGCUCCCCCUUCGAGCCCCUGGAGGACAGCGCAGACGACACAACCCUGCCGCCGAGGGGCCUGCAGCCCGGGUCGCAGAACUCGUCGCAGGAGACAUGCCCGCCUAAGGGCGCAUUCUCGGUGGUAGUGACGGCGUCAGAGCCCUUCGCCAGCAUGGGGCAACGCCGCCGCCGUGGCGCGUCCGCGUCCCGUAGCCGUUCCAUGUGUGCAGAUGUGCGGCUGGGCGUGCAGUACACCGGCACGGAUGUCGCUCGCCGGCCACGUAACUUCAUUAUUGGACUGCUGGCGGUUGUGCUGCUCGUCUUCUUCGCCGGGUCUGUCCUGUUAGGCAUCUGGAAGGCGCCGUACAUUCUGCUGCGCCUCGCGGAGCUGAGUGUAGGCGAGGUCGACUUGAUGUUCUCUGGUGGCAGCGGCAACAGUCCGUUCAUCGACUACAACGAAAUUGGCCCACGCCUCAACGCGAUGCCGCAGGUGCGUGGCGUGGCGCCUCGCUGGUUACUCCGCUCAGAAGCCCGCAACUACGUUGAUCUGCGGAAUAGUCGCCGUUCUGACGCUCUCGCUGAGGCAGAUGUGCCCAUGGCGCGUGUUAGUCUCCUCGUGGUGGACAGCGCUCAAGAACGGGAGAUCGGGAUGGGGCGAGCGUGGACGCACCGCGAGACUGGCUACGCCGAGGCACAUGUGUUCCAUUCCGUCCUGGCGUACCUGCAGCUGCACCCAAACCGGGGCGAGCGCAUGAGCAUGCGGCUUCCGUUGAAGGAGAUGCUGGGCGUUGACAACAACAAAAAUAAGGCCCUCUUGCGAAUCCACAGGCCUACGAACGCAACUGAUUUAUCUUCCCGCAUUCUCAAUGAGUUAUUUCGUAUGGGCAGCAAUUCAACGGAUUACGUUGAUCUUCUUGACGUAUUCAACCUGGAGAUGUUCGUGAAUGUCGCGGACAGUGUCACAUCAGGGGAUGGAAAGUACCCCACACUCAUUGGGAACGUUGUGGUCAUGGACUAUAGGUACUUGAUCUCUCUUUUGCUUGACCAGAGCGGUCUCCUCGGCUCACACUCAAUAGUGCCUGCAGAGGGCUUUAACUUCAAUAUCUGGACAGACCUCUUCGGUAUUCCCAAUACGUGGGAAGACUUCGAUCUGCGCCGCACGGCAAUGAUUGUUGCAGUCCUACUGAAUGACCGCCGUCGCAUGUACUACAAAUCUGAGGAGGCGCGGUCGAAAGACAUGGUAGAGCGCAGCAAUGCCAUUAUGAUUGACACGAUUGGGCUAGACUUUGAAGGUAGUGUGCAGUUCCCUGUGUCGUCGGCAAUGGGUGGAUACGAGGUGAUGAAAACGAUCCUCGUCUCCUCUCUCACCUGCAUUGUGGUUGGGAUUGUUGUGCUCUGCACUAUUCUGUUCUUUAUGCUGCUGCAGGCCAACGCGGAUGAGCGGCAGUUCGAGCUCGCCACUAUGCGGGCGCAGGGUAUGCAGAGGAGGCAGCUCAUUUUGGUCCUUGUAACACAGACGCUCGCCUUCGUUGUUCCUGGUGCUGGUUUUGGCGUGAUCGUACUGUUCGUCCUCAAUGUCAUCAUGGAGGUGGUGCUGGCGCGUUUCACCGAGAUGCCCCCACGUAUCUUGGCGUUUCCGGUCGUCCCUAUUUUGUUAGCCGUCGCGUUGGGCGUUGUGCUUCCGCUUGUGUCGAGUUGGGGCCCGGUCUCACGUGCCCUCAACAGCAGCCUGCGUGAUGCCCUUGAUGUGUACCGGCAGGUGCAAAAUGAAGCUAAGGUCAUCACGGUAAAACUAGAAGAACUUGGGCUUGCGACGUGGCAGGUGCUGCUUGGCAUUUUCCUCGUCGUGGCGGGUUUUCUCGUGUACUACAUGAUCCCGUUUUCCUUCAUCUUCGAGAAUAUGCCGCUCUUCUUUCUACUGCUGGACGCCGUGCUGAUUGUGAUGGUGGUUGGGAUUUGCCUCAUCAUGUGUGUUGUGGAGUCGUACAUGGAGCUGGGGUUUCUAUGGCUGAUGAUGUGGGGCAGCGAGACACGCUUCAUGGAUGUUGUCAAGAAGAACCUGCAUGAUCACCGCGUCCGCAACUCCAAGGCGUACAUGAUGCUGCUGGUGAGCGUCGCCUGUAUCGUCUCCUCUAGCGUGAGCUUUGAGAUGCUGUCCAUGACAACAGCGCAGCUGGUGCAGAUCUCCAGCGGUGCCGAUGUCGUUGUCACCUCAACAGUCUUCACGGAUCCCCUCAACGAGGCGGUGCUGACGGCAUUCCUUGAGCGGAAGCGCAGCACACACGUGGCGGAAUGGGCAUACCACAGCUUCCCGCUCAGCGCCUACCCGCAGAUUGUGCCAUGGACGCAUCUGGAGACGAUGAUACGCAUAAGCCACGGGAUCCCCGUUGUGGCGGUGUCGGCGAGUCUACUCGACACGGUCUACCCGACGUACGUCAUGGAGGAUAGCCGCGACAUGCGCUACGCGUACCCGCGCACUGUUGACGGUGGGUACGACGUGGUGCGCAGCAUGUACGAUGACCCCCCGGAUGCGACUUUUGCGGGAGGAAGUGUGAUCGCCACGGGGAUUCCCGCAUGGAUGGGGCCACCGAACAUCUCGAAGAAGGUGUCGUAUGUCAUUCCCGGGGUGGUGGCGUCCGGGAUGCGNAACAGCGUUGGGGCGGGCGCCGGCGACGGCAUGGUGCUCAGCUACAGGUACAACACAGUGGGGCUUGUUGUGUCCACGAAGUUCUAUGUGGAGCUGCGGGCCCUCAUGAAUCGCGUCUCCGGCUUCCCUGGUAUCACAUCAAGCCCGAACAGCCUAGGCAGUGGCUCGGUGCUCAUUCCGCAGUCGUUCUUUGCGACGCUGCUAGACCCCAGAUCACUCGACUUUGGUGACGAGAGCAACGUGACGCUGGCGCCAGGCGCCGUGACGGAGAUACGGCAGCAGAAACUGUUUGUGCGGCUGCAACCGGGCCUCAGCGCGGCGGAACGUACCGUCUUUGUCAACGAGAUUCAGGCGUACAUGCAUGUCACGUUUCACACCGCCACAGAUACACAGGAAGUGUUGGAUGGGCUGAGUGCGGUUGGUGAGUUCAUCAUGUACUUUUUCUACUUCACCGCUAUUGUGUGCACCUCUCUCUGCACACUGAUGAUGUGGAUUACGUUUGUGGCAAACGUGCAGCUGAAUGCGCAGAUGCUCGGGGUUCUUCGGGCGCUGGGGUGCAGCAACUGGCAGGUCGCCCGCAUGAUCCUUUAUGAGGCUUUUAGUAUUGUCUUUUCAGCCUUUCUGCUUGGUAUUCUUGUGGGCGCAGCUGUGGGCCUCACGCUAGGACUGCAGCUCGCAACAAUCAUGGUGCUGCCGUUCCAAAUCACCCUGCCGUACACCCUCAUCGGCGUACUUUUCGCGCUCAUCGUUGUGGCUGCGGUGGUUGGGUCCCUGCUGCCGUUAAGGGCCGUUAGUGAGAAGAACAUUUCCGUUGUAAUGAAGGGCGCUUAG